AUGCCAAAUUGGAAUCCAGAUGAAACCUCUUUGUUGCAGAUUGUAUCUGUGGUCUUAGACUCCAUGUCACCUAUGCAGGAGAAGAGAACUCAUGCGAUGGAUCUUCUAAACAGCUUCAAGUCCCAGACCGAAUUUUGGAAUUAUCUAUGCUAUAUGCUAACAUCUCCAGAUCUCUCAGCAGCCUUGGGUUCUCAAUUAUCUCUUCAGGACAUUCAAAAUAGCCGCGCGGCUGCCGGGAUGAUUUUGAAAAACUCCGUUCUCGAGGGUUGCAAGGACUAUGAUCUCGAUUAUGUUAAACACCAUAUAGUCAGAGGCCUACUCUCAGACCAGCCACUGGUAUCUAACGUUACUGGUAUUGUCAUAACUGCUUUAUUCUCUUCUUAUUAUCGAAAAAAUCGCCACGACUCCUCCGGCGUGGAACUGCUAUCACAACUUCUCGAGUUGAUGGCGAACGGAAACGAGGCAAGUGCAAAGGCUCUUUCGAAGAUCAUGGAGGAUAAUGCCCAAUUCCUGCUGUUGGAGUGGUCAGGCCAGGUGAAACCUAUGGAUACACUAGUGGUCAAGUUUCUGACAUUCAUGCUUUCAGCAGCUAGCCCACUUAUCAGGGCUGAGUCUAUUAAAUGCCUGAAUCAAGUAAUACCACUGCAGACUCAAAGCUUCAUCGUUAAGUUAGACGAGUUUUUAUCAAACAUUUUCCGGUUGGCAGAAAGCGAUCCGAGUGAUUCUGUAACUGUCCAGAUUUGCGCUUCACUAGUUGAAUUGUUGGAAUUUAGACCUGACAAACUGAUAGACCACCUGAGAGGUAUAAUAAGCUUCGUGUUGCAUGUACUAAGUACCUCUAGGAACGAGACAGUGGCACUACAGGCCGGCGAAUUUUUACUAGCAUUUGCUUCCAAUUCUUAUAUCCCGGAGAGCGCAGUGGAACCGUUUGUAAACGAAAUGGUCCCUACGUUGCUCUCAAAUAUGGUUCAUGGGGAAGAUGAGUUACUUAUGCUUGAGGCUUCGAAUGACGAUGAUGCGGAGUUGGAAGAUAAAGACGAAGACAUCAAACCCGCAACUGCUAAAAUAAGUAAGAAAAGGGAAGAAGCGAACCUUGACGACGACGAAGGAGUAGAUGACGAUGACGAAUUUGACACCGUCUGGAACUUGAGAAAGUGUUGUGCAGCAACUUUGGACAUUCUCACGAAUACAUUACCCAGGCAGGUUCUGUCUGUUGGAUUUCCGAUUUUGAGAGAACAUUUGUCUGCAGAUCAGUGGUACGUCCGCGAAGCUACGAUUUUGGCCUUGGGUGCUAUGGCUGAAGGUGGUAUGCGUUAUUUUGCUGAUCAACUUCCAGCGUUAAUUCCAUUUUUGCUUGAAAAACUGCACGAUCAUUGGGCUCCAGUAAGAACAAUAACAUGUUGGACUCUGAGCAGAUUUUCUAUGUGGAUCUUAGCGGAUAACACACAGUUUUUACUGCCGGUAAUGGGUUCGAUCAUGGAGGUGUUGAUGGAUAAGAAGAAAAUGGUUCAGGAAGCUGCAAUUAGCAGCGUGGCUGUAUUUAUAGAAAACUGCGAUGCUGAAUUAGUUGAAACUUUACUCUACAACGAUCUCCUAAUAAAGUUCAACCAGUGCUUCCAAUUGUAUCAAAAGAAGAACUUAAUUAUCCUUUACGACGCCGUGGGCAGACUUGCUGAAAAGUGUGAAUUUGACGAGGCUGCUAUGAAUCCUAUACUGCCUCACUUGAUAAAUAAGUGGAGCUCUUUGUCUGAUACAGACAAAGAGCUUUGGCCGUUGCUGGAAUGCUUAUCAUACGUAGCCGCCUCUUUGGGGGAAAAAUUUGCACCCAUGGCCCCAGAGGUGUAUCAACGAGCUUGGAGGAUUUUGGUCCAUUGUGUGGAGCUCGAGACAAGAUCGCAGCAUGACCCCAGAGUUGAAGUUCCAGAGAAGGACUUCACUGUAACAUCACUAGACUUGAUCGAUGGUUUAGUACAGGGAUUGGGAUCCGCUAGCCAAGAAUUGCUAUUUCCACAGGGCAACAAAGCUGCAUUUCAAGUACUCAGCCAGUGCUUGCAAGACCCUGUUCAUGAGGUGAGGCAAAGUGCGUUUGCUCUUUUAGGUGACAUUGCCUAUUCAUAUGAUCCAGCACUAUUUGACGAUGAUGUGUGUGUGGAAUUCUUAAAACACAUUAGCACAGAGCUCAUACACAAUGACGAUAUGGAUGCCACUCCUUCUGUGAACAAUGCAGUAUGGGCUCUUGGCUUGAUGAGCGAACGAAUUAAUAUCGCCAAUUAUGUGAUCGAAAUAUCGCGUGUGGUAUUAGAUAAGUUUUGCAACUCGACGAGAGUCAUCCACAGUUCGGUACUUGAAAAUCUAGCUGUAUCCAUUGGUAGGAUGGCCCGAAUGCAUCCUGAAGUUUUCACGACCGAACCCUUUGCCCAAGACGCAAAUUGGUCUCGAUGGUGCGAGCUUGCUAUGAAAUUGUCAGACGCAGAAGAGAAGACCGCGGCAUACCAUGGCUUCGUCAAGAUAUUAAAUCUUACCAGUAAUACUACCAAUAUGUCGUCGUCCACCAUCCACAAGAUGAUCAAGGGAUUGUCUCAAAAUGUGGAAAUUUCAGAAUUUGCCGAGGAUCUUUACGCCUUGUUGAUGACCUUAUCCGAUAGUCUACAUUUAAUUAAGUUCUCCCCAGAAGAAGUCUACUUUUUGAGGCAGUUUUCCUGA